AUCGUCUAGCAUUCCCGCUAAGUUUUUAAGUUCGCUUCUGCUUUGUGUGUCGUGCCGUUUGCCUGUGUUUGUAUUUUCUAAAGUGAUACUGUUCUUUCUACUCGUUGAAUGACAUGGCAAGCGUAGACUGCAUACAGCACUUUGUUGAACGCAUAAACAGUAUAGAGAAUAAACUACACGAAGCAGACCCUCGAGUGUCACUUUCGUGUCAUCUGUCGCUAAUGAAGUCGCUCUGUGACAUCGCAACGAAAUUUGACGCCGACUUUCAACAGCUGCUUGCAGAUUUGAAAGCACUUUUGUGUGAAGUGAAAGGAAGUGCAGGUCAAGACGGUAGUGUAAAACUCGACUACGAGCUCAUCAAAAAUGGUUGUCGCGGCACUGCAGAAAAGUGUGAACGUGCGACACAGACAGAUAAUCUUGAGAGCCAAACACUGCAAGAAACAGAACAAUCAGGGACGACCGCAGACUGGCAACCACCGGAAGGCUCAGACGUAACAGUUGCCGACCUCGUCAAACAGGCAGCAGAAGAUGCCCUUGCUAACACAGACUACGUUUACAAUGAGGAGUACCAGAUGUACUACAGUUUAUCCUCGGGCUACUAUUAUGACCCUGUAUCGCACCUUUUUUACGAGCCCCAUUCUGGGACCUACUACAGCUAUGACGCAGAGUCGCAGACCUAUCAAUUUCACUCCCGUGUGGAACCAACAACGGAUGCGAACAAGAGGAAGAAACGACCGAAGAAACCAAAAAAGAGGAAAAGGUAUCGAUCUUGGUCUGAGGACGAUGAUGAAAUAGACUCGUUAGAGGAAGGCGAAGUGGAUAGUUCGGGCUGUGCGUCGAAUGAGAGCGAGUCUGAACCCGAGGAAGAACAUUCAAAGUCCUACCCACCAUGCAUACGGUUCGUGGUGAAAGAGUCGGACCAACUCCAACUAGGCUCCAUAGUGAUGGUCACUUAUCCUGGAGCCACAGUUGGACAGCUGCAGAGUUGCGGAUUGUGUAUUCCUGAUACCAGCGUCAGCAAGAAUCACGCAGAAAUCACAUUUAACGAGACAACUGCCACUUACGAAUUACGUGAUGUUGGGAGUCGAAACCACACCUUCAUCAACAAUGUAGACAUUGAAAAAGACGCAACGUAUCCGUUGGGACACUUGGACACUGUGAAGUUUGGUACCUGUGUCCUCCAAGCCCACAUUCACGAACGAAUGCUGACGUGCGGCCAUUGUGAACCUGGCCUGUUGCAAGCUGAUGUGGCGGCAGCCAAUGCCGAGCCACACGCUGUUACAAGCAAACAAGACAGGGAGAAGCAACGACGUGCAGAAUUGAAGAGGAUAAAAAAGAAAUACAGCUUAGAGAAUGUGGACUAUGUGGAAGCUAAGUCAUCUUCAACCAAGGGCUACACGGACAGAGCUCAAGUGCGCAGGGAUACGGUGGGAAGCAAGUUUCCUCAUGAGCGGGAUGCUGAUCCUUCUUCUGUAGAUCGGGUCCUUCCCACAGAAAACAAAGGAUUCCAAAUGCUUCAGAAGAUGGGGUGGAAGGAAGGAGAAGGCUUGGGAAAGCAGAAUCAGGGAACUACAGAACCUGUAGUAGUUGAACAGAGGAAAGCGCACGCAGGCUUGGGUGCUGAAGACAGCUCCAGUUUGAAUCCCAAGUCGGAAGUGUGGAGAAGGACGAAGGAACGAUACGAUGCCCUCACUUAAUUGAGCUCCUGACAUGGUUAGGUCCCUUGUGAAGUUGCUGCACGGAGAUCACGGGAAAUAGGCAGUACCAUAAACUUCGUCCCAUUUGGCAUUGACAUGGUACAUUGACGAGAUCAUUAAGUCCUCUCAUAUCAUCACGUUUUCACGAUAUUCGAUUAUGCUGGGUUGGUAAGUACCAACCGACGGCAGAGAUAGAUCUACCUUUGCAAUCGACAUCAAGGUCUAAGGCGCAGACAAUUGAAGAUGAUACAUAAUCGUCAAAAUAAAGUGUUGUUUGCAAGCCAC